AUGUCCUCUCAACUGGAACAAGCACUGGCUAUCAUGGUCAGCACCUUCCACAAGUACUCAGGCAUGGAGGGCGACAAGUUCACACUGUCUAAGAAGGAGAUGAAGGAACUUCUGCACAAAGAGCUGCCCAGCUUUUUGGGGGAUCAGGUGGACGAGGAAGGACUGAAGAAGUUGAUGAGCAACCUUGACGAGAACAGUGACCAGCAGGUGGACUUCCAGGAGUACGCGGUCUUUCUGGCCCUCAUGACUAUGAUGUGCAAUGAGUUCUUUGAGGGCUAUUCAGGGAGACCCUGA